GAUGCAAAAAAGAAGUUGGAAAAAGCUGAUGAAUGGUUGGAGGUGGUAGAAGAUUAUAUUGAAAAUUUAAGAGAAGAAUUGGCUAUUGAACAAGAACAUUGGAUGGCUGAUAUAAAAGACAUUGAUGAAAUCAAAAGUUUACAUCAACAAUUGAAUGAAAAAAAUAGAGAAAUAAGUAACUUGGAAAAUGAGAUGAGCCAAUUACAGACAACAAUAAUCAGCGAGGAUAAUGAAAAAAAGCAAAAAGAGAACAAUUAG